GGCCCAGUGGGCCUGGAUAUACGAUUCCAACCACAAACUUUACUGGGAUAACAAACACACAAUCCCGCAACGAAUUCUCUAAAUUUCCAGCACUUCAAGCAAAUCGAACUACAUUUGAGGUUUAAAGGCUAAAAUUAGCGCUAAUCCGCAAUGGAGUUUCUGGACCCACAGCUCCACAGCGCCGACAAGUUGUGCGCACAAUUCGAAGAGUAUAAAAAAAAGCGUGAGGAAGCGCACUUGGAGAUGAAGAACAAGGUGAACACCAUGUUCAAUUUGAAAGCGGAUAUAAAGGAGCUCAACGAAAAUAUGGAAACACUUCGCGUUGGAAUGCAACAACUGGAUGACCAGCAGAAGGUUCAGCUGCAUCAGGGAAAGCUAAUGUCUCAGUCGAUGUUUGGUACCAUUGAGGCUGCUCCUCCAGAUGAAGGUCAAGUCCCUUUGAAGGACGAUGAUACCAUACCCAACAAGCUCUUGAUAAAGUGCGAGGUAAAAAAUUGUCUCUUUGAGAGCUGCCAAAGACGAAUAGACAGCCAGUUGCUUUUGCUGCACUACCUCUGUGAUCACGAGAACAAGGAAGCUUCCUUCCAGCGCUUCCUUCCCGUAGGGAAACAUGAGCGGGCUGUGCUUUCUUUUAAGCCGACGAGCUGUAAGAAUCCUGAAAACAAGGUGUUGGGGCUCCUGGCUUACAAUGCACAACAGUUAUUGAUAUCCCAGCGACAAUGUGAGCCCUAUAACAGAUUCCUGCUGAACCAACAUUCGCACCUGGAAGGUCACAUCCCGGUGGUGGUGCUAAUUUCCCAGACAUAUCCCAAAUCGGCUCUGCGGGAUAGGCGUUCACUAGACAGCCCGGUGGCUAACAGCGAGUUCGUCUUCUGGCUGGUUACACCCAGCGACGGACUGCAGUUGAACGUUACGCUUAGUCUCUAUGGAAGAGAUGUUGCACUAAAAACCAGCUGUGUUUUAGGUGUUCGAAAGGUUGAUAAUAACUGGGACGCGGACUAUUACAUGGCAGUCGACGAAAGCUACUGGCGUCUGACGUACGCCGAAGUGGAGAAACUUUCAAACAACUUUCGUGACGAACUGCACCUGGAGCUUGUAGUUACUGAGGCAGAGGGAAACGUGUAACCGCUGUUUACUUACAUUUGCGUUGUCCUGGAGUGCCUUGCACUUAGACUGCUCCACCGGAUCGGUCAGCUCCGCGAUGCGUUUGUCCAGCAACUGGGCAGGACAGAGAACGAGAAAAAAUCACAAUAAAUUGCAUAAUGCCUGCAUUACGUGGCACAAUACUCACGUUCGUUUGCUCAAUCAUCAGCUGGAGGUAGGCAUCUGCCUCGGAAACACGGCGCGCCACCAACUCCAGGUGGUUGGGUCUUCUGCCGCCUGUUCCGCUCCCGCCCCCUUCCUUCGUGUAGCCACCGGCGAUGUAGAAAGCGCUUUGGCUGUCCCACAGACGCGACCGGUUCGCGUGGCGUCGAAUGGUGUCCUCCAGGCGGCGCACCCACUGCUCCCGCUCCUCGUUGUGUCGCGCCUGCAAACGUUUGGAAAGUUGGCAAGUUUAGUGGGCUCCUUUGCUUGUGUGUGGGUAUUGGGAAAAGUUUUAUCGUUACAUCAAGGCAACAAAGUCAAACAAAAGGUAGAACGUGAGGACUAGACAGUGGUUUCUGGGUCGAUGCCCGGAUACCCUUUUCCGGUAAUAGGACGAAAACUCUGCUUUCCCAGCGGAUAGGCCAUCAUGCUUGCUUUAUAUCUUUUGCUACGAAACCGCGAAUUGCUAAAAGAAGCGUGCGGCCCUCUUGAUCUACAUAGUUCUUGCUUACGUAUACCACUAGACGUCAUAACAAAUCAAUGCAAGUGUGGAAUUAAGAAUGACCUGGUUCUUCGGUUCAUAAAACAAGUAAUGUUGUAUUGAAGCUAUUCCGGUGAUUUCUGAACUAUUAGUGAAACUGUUAAAUAUUGUUCUCGAUCAAGCUUUCCAUAGACAAUCUUUAUUUCCAUUUACUUAGGACAAACUUACCUGAAAGUGGAAGGUCUUAUGGUCCACAGUGAUCGUGAAUGUGUUGUCCUCCUGGUCGUCGAUUCCGAUUAGCGCAUCCUUUAAACGCACACAACCACGCCUCACGCCCUUUAUCAUCUUCUCCUUCGACUGUAACAGAAAUGCAGUCGGAAUUAGGCAAGUUCAUUAAAUCGCAGCUCGUGCUGUCAAAGGGCUAUUACGCGUGCUAUAAAUUAAUGUAUUCUAAUCAAUGCUUGGGGGAAAUAAAAACAGUGGUCGGCGUGCUGUUCACGCUUAAAUGUUCGCCAGCGGUCGAGGCGGUAGAGCUGCAGUCCACCAGUCCAACGCCACCUAAAGGAUACAGGCGAGCGGAAGCCCAACACAAA